UUACACGGCUAACUAGUUCAUCACUCCAACUUACUAGCUAGCUAACGUGAACACUACACAGCCUCGGCACUGAAGCUUUUGGGAAGAAGAUGAACGGGUCUCUGGACCACCCCGACCAACCAGAUGUUGAUGCCAUUAAGAUGUUUGUGGGCCAGAUUCCACGGUCCUGGUCAGAGGAGCAGCUUCGUGAGCUGUUUGAGCCUUAUGGAGCAGUCUAUGAGAUUAAUGUCCUCCGAGACCGCAGCCAAAAUCCACCACAGAGCAAAGGCUGCUGUUUUAUAACGUACUAUACACGCAAAUCAGCCUUAGAAGCACAGAAUGCUCUGCACAACAUGAAGAUUCUGCCAGGGAUGCACCAUCCAAUCCAGAUGAAGCCAGCUGACAGUGAGAAAAACAAUGCAGUGGAGGACAGGAAGCUGUUUAUUGGAAUGAUCUCCAAGAAGUGUAACGAGAAUGACAUCCGACUGAUGUUCUCAUCAUAUGGACAGAUAGAGGAGUGCCGGAUACUUCGAGGCCCUGAUGGACUCAGCCGUGGUUGUGCAUUUGUGACAUUCACAGCUAGACAAAUGGCUCAGUCAGCAAUCAAGUCCAUGCACCAGUCCCAGACAAUGGAGGGCUGUUCAUCGCCCAUUGUGGUGAAGUUUGCAGACACUCAGAAGGACAAGGAGCAGAAGCGCAUGGCCCAACAGCUGCAGCAGCAGAUGCAACAACUUAGUGCUGCUUCCAUGUGGGGAAAUCUCACUGGGCUCAACAAUCUUGGGCCACAGUACCUUGCGCUCUACUUACAGUUGCUGCAGCAGUCAGCCUCCACAGGGAAUGCACUCAACAACCUGCACCCUGUCUCAGGUCUUAAUGCCAUGCAGAACCUGGCGGCUUUAGCAGCAGCAGCAAGUGCCACGCAGGCCACGCCUACAGGCUCCAGCGCCAUGACGACGUCAAGCAGCCCACUAAGUGCACUAACAAGUUCAGCAGGCUCCUCCCCCACCUCCAGCAGCAACUCCUCAGUGAACCACAUGGCUUCUUUGGGGGCUCUGCAGUCUCUGGCUGCUAGUGCUGGAGCUGGCCUAAACAUGGGAUCCCUGGCAGGAAUGGCAGCGCUAAACGGCAGCCUUAGCUCUGGAGGUCUGUCUAAUGGCUCAGGAAAUACAAUGGAGGCACUGAGCCAGGCCUACUCAGGCAUCCAGCAGUAUGCUGCUGCUGCCCUUCCCAGCCUGUACAACCAGAGCCUUUUGUCCCAGCAGAACGUCUCAGCUGCAGGCAGCCAAAAAGAAGGUCCAGAAGGCGCGAACCUGUUCAUUUACCACUUGCCUCAGGAGUUUGGAGACCAGGACCUGCUCCAGAUGUUUAUGCCUUUUGGAAAUGUCAUCUCUGCAAAAGUUUUCAUUGACAAACAAACAAACCUCAGCAAAUGUUUUGGCUUUGUGAGCUAUGACAACCCAGUGUCAUCACAGGCAGCCAUCCAGUCAAUGAAUGGUUUCCAGAUCGGUAUGAAAAGGCUGAAGGUGCAGCUGAAGCGCUCAAAGAAUGACAGCAAGCCCUACUGAAGGUGCUCAGGCACUGCAGACUUAGUUAGGCAGGGUGGUGUUCUGGUAAGUGGAGUAUGAAUAACCAGCUAGGACUGGUGCACUCAGAAACGUAUCUGUGCAUUACAGGGCUACUACACUGCACUGCUGCUCAUUCAUCAAGUCCAGACAAACAGACACAUGGAGCUACAUGCAAGAGUUUUCAGGAUAGACUGGAUUCUCCCUGUGUUCUUUUGUGGUUUAUGUACUUUGUUUUCCUUUUAACAAAUAAGAGAAGCAGGUGUGUUUUAUUUAAGUUAAAAUAUUGUCAGUUUGCUGUGAUCGAUUAUAUACAUUUGAGUUGAUUGUUAAGAGAUGUUGCACAUUGCCCAUCAGGUGCCAAAUCCAUGUUGCUCUCUGUUCACUUUCCCCUCCACCGCCCAAACUCAGCAGAAAGCUUUUAAAAACAUCUUCACAAACUAAAUGUGUGUUUUUACCUACGUUUGAACUGGGUCUUUGUAUUAAUUGCAUAGUGAUUAGUUAUGAAGGCAAGGAAAGGCAAAGAAGCUUAGAUUGUUCAAAAGGAGUAUCUCCGCAAUAUAUGCAGAUGGUACUGAAACAUAUUUUGUGUUUGUAAACUGUGUGUGUGUGUGUGUGUUUUUGUUUUUUUGUUUUUUUUGGGGGGGGGCGGUUACUGUUUUGAGGGACUAGCAAGUGACUCCUGUGACAGUCAGGAAGAAGCCCGUGCAUGCCGUGAACAACGUUUCUGUUCUCUGCUGUUUCAACUGAGCUAAAGUCACUGAGGUUUAAACCACAACCUCCCAUCACCUCAGUGAUAGGGAAAGAGGAGCUGUUGUGUACAGAUGGUUGUGUCUGUUAUCCGUUCUCCUUUGGUCUGACAGGACUGUCACCUGUUUCCGAGGUACAUCUAAUGAUGUCACAAUAAUGCUUGAUUGUAUUUGACCUGUAGCAGCCGUUGCAUGGCUUACAUAAUUGAAGUGGCCUCAGGUGGGUGGAAACACAUUUGCAUUUGGUUUGUGGAGUAAACAAUCAUUGGCUAGAAUUGUUUUCUGUAAGACGUGGAUAUUAUACUUCAGUCAAUCAAUGAACUUAUUGCAUUUUAUUGUGCUUUUCCUUAUCUGGAGAUUAGUUUUUAAUGCAGUUGGAAUUGCAUGUAAAUAUAGAUGUUUCCUGAGUGACAGUCAGGCUGAUGCGGGCUGAUGAAGCCCAACUGUCGUCUGCAGCUAGCAGUAUGGUGAACUUAGGCAAUGAAACCAAACUUCGUAUUCUUAUUCCACUCACCCACGAAUCUGUCUAAUGCAGAUGUAAUGCUUUUUAUAAAUACGUUUUAUGGUUUUAGUUUGUUUCUACUCUGAAUCCAGGUGUUUUGUAAAAAUUCAUCAACAACCCUCACUACUUUCCUGCUGGUUAGCAGAUCAUCAAUAGAGGGCUACACCAUUAUGUCUCUCACUGAAUAUCUUUUGUUAUUGCAAAGGGCAUAUAAAUUGCUCAAGACAAACCUGGUAGCUGUUUAGACUUCCAGGAAAUCAUGUUUUUUUUAUACAGAACUAGGAAGCAAGAGAAUGUUGAGAUUUAUAUUUAAACUGUAAUGCCUUUUCUAUUUUUAUAUAGGUUUUAUACUUCCCCUGUGUGUUGGGGAGCUAUUUAUUGCCUAAAUUAUUUAUCACAAUUGAAAUUACUUGGAAAGACAAAUGUGAAGUCUGCAACUGCAUUUGAUCUCCUGGUGUGUGUCUUUUUCCUGCCUGUUAAGUGUUGUUCCCUUGUGUUGUUGUGUUCUACUUGUCAGUGUGGCAUGACUUGUGUAUGUAGGAUGCAUCAGUGCCACUCCAAACUCUAUUUCUUACAUACCUUCAUCUGAACAAUUCUCUCGUUUUCCAGCUAGCUUAUUCUAAAAGUCAAUUUCAGCAUGUGUCUGCUGAUUUUAUCUUUUAUAUAUGAAUGAAUAAAACAGAUAAAGUACUGGCCACAUUUCUAGGACUAGAAAUAGUUUUAAAAUUAAUUCUAGAUUCAAGUCCAAAGAUUGAGUAUUCAGUGGUGGGACAGUCAUAGUGCAAUUCUGUGAGUACAUCUAGGAUGCUCAGACAGUUUGUCCUUGUUUCAAGGUCUUUACUAUCAAAGCAGUUGAAGGUCUCCAUGUUUUGUGUGAUAUAGUCCCGUUUACCUAUUGUUAGAAAAGCAUCUCUCACAAAAUCUUUAUUUCAGGCUCAUAGCUGAUCCAGCUCUCAUCUAUGAGAACACACUCACAUACACACACACUUUCAUCACAGACAAAAGAAAAGCAACCUGUAUGCACAGUGAAAACCAACUGAGGUCCAACUGUUUAAUAGUUCGAUAACAGGAAGGUCAUGGUCACUGCAGGAUUUGGAGGAAAAGAUUUGAAUUUGCUGAAAGCCAGACAUGAAAUCAGUUAUGAAAUCCAGAGGAAACCCUUUUCUCACAGUAUAAUUAUGUAAUAUGAAUGUUUGCACUGAAAUUCUUGGCAAAGUGAGAUUUAGUUUGUGUUAACUUAAAAGUGAAUCUUAAGCUUGUGUGUGAAGAUCGUUGUUACGAAGGUCAGUUCCUGCUGUCAGCGUACGAGUCCACAAGGGCACAUGUGGCAUAAAUUUCAUUAUCCACAUUGCUGCUGGAAUCAGCAAAAUGAAUACAGAGACGUGUAUUCUGAGCUCAUUUAGCUAAAUGCAUUAAAAGGCAUCAAAAUUUUCAGCAGGAUGACAGUGCUAAACAAAUUAUAGUGGAGACUUGGCAUUUCAGUGUAAUAUCCGUUAUUUUAUUUCAAACUGAGUGUCUUGAAGCACAGAGUCUGAAUACAGUGUGGACCGUAAAGGAGUGUUACAUUGAUCGAUUUAACUUGAACCUACUGUGGACCUGGUAUGCCUUGAUGUGAAGCAUCAUAACUGACUGUUAGUAAUCAAGAAACCUGGCUAGGUAUACCACUGUUAACGCGUUGUUUGAGGGGAACAUUGUGGUGGUACAGUUUGCAAGGUAAUGAGGAUGGCCUAAAUUCACUUUCAGUUUUUGUCUCUGGUUAGAUGAUCUUAUCUUUUGAAGUACCUACCUCCAUAUGAAGCCUGCCUGAAAUGGGAGAUGUCUGCCUUAAAAUCUUGCACAUGAGAGGACAGUGGUGAAUGUUUGGCCUGUGACAGAGUCCAGUAGUUCUCUGUGGGCUGGACUUUGCUUAGUUUUUACUGUGGCACACUGGCUGCAUGUUUUUAAUUGAGGGAGAUAUAUUUUAAUGGCCUGUGCCAAAAAAUAGAAUAAAUAAACCAAAAAUAACUAAGUUACUGUCUGACUUCCCUCGUUUGUCUAUGGCUGUCUGCUAGCUGGACAUUGCACCCCUGUUCAGUACCAUCACUUAAAUGUCAAAUUAUAUAAAACACCUUAUCACCUUCCAGAUUUUUUUUUCUUUAGCACUUCAUCUGCCUCCCUUUGUUUCUGAUUGUACACUCAAUCUUCCUCAGCAUGGAGGAUACCACUGUUUCACAAAUUUCAGGAGAGGUGAUCUUCUUUUUCACUUGCUCUUUGCCUAAGGUGUUGCAUUGCCAUUUCUCUUUAAAAUACCCUUAAGGUGUUCUAUUAGAUUCAAGUCAGGUGGCACACUUAGAAUGUCACUUUGUUCUUCCUUAGAAACUCUUGUGUGCUUUUGAUAGUAUGCUGUAGAUGGUUGUCAUGCUGAGAUACUCCUCUGCCAAGCUUCUGACUCCUCUGACUGGGAGUCUAGUGCCAUCUCUAAAUGUCUUCUUCCCAACAUCGUUUACACGAAUGCAGCCCCAUAUUAUCCCACCUCUGUGCUUUGCUGUCAGGACUAUGCAUUCACUGUGGAAGUCCAGGCCCAGUUCAUGCCAAACAUGCUCGACCCAUCUGAGCAGUACUAAUUUGUCUUGGUCUCAUCUGACCAAACAAUCUGCUCCCAAUAUUCAUCAGGCCUCUUUUCAUGUUCUUUAGCAAAGUUCCCUCUUGCAGCUUUGUGCUGAACAGCAAGCAAGGCUUUUUUUUUCUUGCACACUGUCCACAAAGGUUGAUGUUAUGUAAUGUCCCUCACACUGUCUGACCUGUCGUAGUAAUGCCAAUUUCCACUGAUAACCUGUGUACCAAGUCUGAAGCACUUGGCACUUCAGUAUAUCUUAAUGAGGAUGGCCACCGAGGCUAUAAGUAGUGGUACUAUGGCUCAUUACUGCUGCCACUGUGUUACAACUGAUUUUAGCUGGUCACUGAUCUUCCUCUGUACUUGUCCAUAUUUGUGAAGUCUCACAGUCAAAUUUUUCAGGUUCUCUGGCAUUUCUUUUCCACACGCAUGCAGAUCAUAGCAUUUUUAAUAUAGUAAAUCUAAACUGUUAGAUUUUAAUUUCUACAAAAGAACAAUUACCUACAGUUUAAUUUAUCCUAAUAUAAUGACUGUGAUGUGAUACAAUUUAGAAUCAUUUAAAUAAUAUUGUACUCACUACAGUUGUUCACUGUAUUAUCAGUCUACAUAAUGCCAUAUGUCCACUCCCUACAACUAAUGACUUCCAUCACUCUCAUGGUGCACACCACAGUCGACCAGUUCCAAACAUUUUAAAAUGGCACUGCACUAGCAUGUGAUUUGUACUAAACAAGAUAAAACGUGCCAAAUUGAUGCUAUGGUAUUUUCAAAAUCACCUUAGAGUUCCACUGAUAAAUGUAGUCAUUUUAAAGCAGAUGAAGUGGUAUGUCAAAUAGUUUGCAUUUUUACCCUAAUAGUGGAAUAAUAGAAAUAAAUAAUGGAGCUCCCUCCCUCAGCACAUUAAACGAUCGGACUCUCUCUAGAUCUUCAAAUCACAGCUCAAGACCCACCUGUUCACGCUGGCAUUUCCUCCUUGACCACACUCUCUACCAUCACACUACGAUACUUCAUUGUCCAUUGUCCUCUGUCCACUGUGUUCCUGUUUGUAUGUUUUUUGUAAAGCAUCUGAGUUUUUUAAAAAAAGCGCUAUGUAAAACUUAUUAUUAGUCUAAUUUAAAGGCCAGUUACUGAUUAUAACAGGAUAAAAACUAUUAUUAUUCCAGGGGCACCCUCCAGCCUCCAUAUGUGAUGAGCUGUAUGUAGAUAUCGUACUAGGCUACAGCUGCUUUUCCAGACCCCUGGAGGCCUGUUGUGACCUGCAUGCUGUCACUGAUUCUGUGCAUUUUAUUUAGGCUGUCAUGUGUGUGUUGGUGUUGUUGUCAUCCACCUCAGUUCUCAGUAGCAUGUGGAUUGUCCUUACUCUGUCCCUGACACUGUUGAAUGUUUAGACUGUAAUCUACUCCACACAAAGAUGAUCAUUCUUUUCUCUCUCCUGUCUGUGUUCCAUUGCUGUUUAACCCAGGUUUGUCUCCCUGUUGUGUUUUUCUUUUUUGUUUUUUCUAGAUCUCUUCCUGUUUGCCCUAGCAUGUUGAUGUGGCGUCACAGUUCAUCGUCCAGUUCUUGUCUUCUGCGCUUCUCUGAUGCUUCAAAUUUCACAUUUGACCUCGUGUUUGACAUUGAUUACCCAGGAGGUUGUGUUUGUUUUGUUGUUUCCCAUAUGUCCUGUGUGCUGCCAACACAGGCACUAGAAAGACUGCCACUGAACGUGCUUGUAAGUUAAAUGAAAAUUAUUACAAGGUUAAAGAAAAUCUAUUUUUCUAGAACUAACUGAUGUAACCACUAGAUUUUUGCGAAAUCAGUUUGACACAAGUCUGACCUUUCACCUUGUUUUUAUCUACUGUAUUGUGGAUCAGUCCUUCCAGUGCCCAUAUCCUCUGCUUUUGUUGUGUUUUUGUGGGAAAGCAGCUAAUCUAUCAUUAGAUAAUGUUGUGUGUGAGUGCUGAUGUGUGUCUUAUAAGUUUAAAAAAAAAUUCAAGGAAGCUAGUCAUCAUAUGUUGUUGGACAUUUGUAAUUUAUGCUGGGCUCACAGAAGGUUAAUCCUCGGGAGCUCAAAGCACAUGAUACUGUUGUGCUCUUUUUUUCUGCAGAAAAUCAGAGACAAAAUCCACAGAGGACAACCUUUUCUCACAGUAUAUUUAGUAUGCAUGUUUUUUUAUAUCUGCACUGAAAUUCUUGGCAAAGUGAGAUUAGUUUGUGUUAAGUUAAAAUUGAUUAAUAAACUUGUGCCAAAUGUUUUGUACAAUCAGUAUUUCCCCCUUUUAUUGGACUUGCUUUGUGGGUCAGACUAAUCGUAGAGGCAGGGGUUGAUUGGUGUGGCAGGUGGUAUCAUAUACAGCAGGUUUUACUGCAGAACUGAUGUAAAGUCGACUGGUUGCAACAUUAAAUUAGUUUUGUGUGGAACUAUACAGACCUGGAGCACUCAUACACUGGUAUCAAACACAAGUGGCCCACUCAUAAUCAAUGGAGGGUGUUGUGUUUGUGUGUAUUCUUUGAAUAAAAUCCAGAGACCCACACUCAUUUUGGCUGCAGUCCUUCUGUUUCCUUGACCAGUGGAGUACUGAGUGUAAUCAACCAUUCCUAUAAAGACCCGUGUAGCGUGACAAUAAUUCAGGGACAAGUUUAAAGUUUAGUUGAUACACUUUCAGUCAGUUAAUUGCAGAUAACUGCUAGUGUAAUGCAUAGAGUCCUCCAGUCAGUGCAGAGCAGGUCAGCAGAGCAUGAAAAUAUGAGACGUUUGUCCACAGGCAACACUGCAUUUUAAGAUAUAUCAAAGUUGUUGACAGGUGGCUAUCUCAUUACAAUGACACCUGUCAGUGAGUGCAAUGUAUUAGACAGGACGUGAACAGUCAGUUCUUAAAGGUGGUCUGUUGGAAGGCAUGGUAGCAUUUGUGAGCUGCUCCUGGUGUGCAGUGGUUAGUAUCUACCAAAUGUUCCAAUGAGGGACAGCAGGCAAACUGACCACAGCAUGGACCACAGGUCAUGGAUGCCCAAGGCUCCAGGCUCAUGAUCGCACCAGAAGAGCUACUGAAGCACAAACUACUGAAAAACCUAAUGCUGGCUGUGAUAGAAAGGUGUCGCAACAUACAGAGCACCACAGCUUGCUGUGUCGCUGUAAAUCAGAGUGCCCAUGCUGGCUCCCGUCCAAACAUUUCUGAUGCAACUCUACCAUCCUCCUGACUGCAUUGGCCUCUGUUCAUAACUUGUGUAAUGAUAGUAAUGAUAGCAUAUCUGGUACUGAAACUGAUGGCCAUAGAGCCAUGCAGGCUAACAAGUUGAAGCUUGUUUUCCCCAGUAAAGUGACAGUACAUCAGCAAAUCUGUACAGAAAAAUUUUUGCAUGUUUUAUCGAGUUUUAAAUUGCAUUGCUAGCAAAAUAUUCUGUUUUAUAUAAUGUAUUUAUAUCAUUCAGAUAAAAUAUUUAUUUUGCAUAAAGUCCAGGCCCAUCCAGUGCAACUCACCACCCCUGGAAACACCCCAAAACUUAUGAACCAACUGUUGAUGUAAAAUUAUCUAAUGACUGAUUGAUUAAGCAACUGCGUUACUUAUUUCUCUCCCUAAAUGUUUUUAGGAACACAGUUUGGUGAACUGUUCAUGUAAUAUCCGUAAACAUUUCCAGUUUAGACUCAAUGUCUAAGGUGGUAGAGCAGUUGUCCACAAAUUGUAUAGUCAGUGGUUCGAUUCUCAGCCCCCCCAUGGUACCAAAGUGUCAUUGGGCCAGAAACUUAACCCCAACUAUUCCUAUUUACCAUGUUGCUUAUUCUGAAAUCAGGAAGCAGACAACAUACAAGUGAAGCGUCAUCCAGUCAGGUGCAGUCAAUGUUUGGCAGUUAUAGGAGGAUAUAGCCUGUAUUGGUUUCCUGUUGGAGAUCACCUGACAGUCAUCUUUUCACAUCCAAUGCUGGGAAGCAGUGUGACCCCUCACAAUUAAAAAUGCCCAUGUGGACACGUACCGUAAGUGUCACUGUAUCUUUCAGUAGAGAAAUGUCAAAGAUAUGAGGUCACUUCAACACAGUGUCUCCAUUACAUAGCAUGUCCACCAGUGAGCACUGACAGGUUUAUUUUUACUCUGGAUCAUGUCACUGCAUGUUUUGCUCACAGUUCUUUCACCACCAAAUUCAAGGGACUUAUCAAACAUGUGUGUUUAUGUUCAAUACAAUUAACAUUUGAACAUAUUUUUGGUCAGGUUUUUUGAGCUGCUCAGACAUGUUUUUCUUAGACAAAUUAAGCAACAGUGGAGAUAAAGUUCAUGUCAGGAGGUGUUUAAUUCGUAAAUAAACAAUCAUAUAGAUAAUAUGUAAUAAUAUGAUGCGUCCACACUUAGAAUGAUGAAUACUGCAGUAUUUUGGUUAUUCUCCUUUCUGUGCUCUUAUUUAGUGUGUGUAGCACCACAGUACCAUUUAUCCUACAGUCUUCUUGCAGACAGAGCGUCAGUUAUCCUGUGAACCACGCCGCCACUGCUUCACAAAUGGACUUUGCCAACUCUUGUGAGAGAAUUCAGGAAUAGGUAUUUACCUAUUUGUAUUGGAAAAUGAUCAGGACUAAGUUAAGCAGACCUGGUUUGUAACAAAUGAGUUAAAUUGGUAGAACAUUAGACAAACUGCUAAUGCAAGUCAAAGCACUCUACUGUUCACACAUCAAAUGAACCUGAAGGCAGCAGUCCAAAUGAAUGAUGGGUUUUUGCAAUAAAGUCUGUGUUCACUGCUGUUAAGCUCCUUCUGCAUCAAAGAAGAGCAUUGAGAUGAUCUGUUGGUUUCACUGGGUUUUGCUCUAAUGUGACAGUGUAGUGGUGUAAACUGGGUGACAGUGUUUGUUUCUAUAUUUUCUAUUUUGCAACCAACAACCCGUCUCCUUCACCUAUGACUGAAACUGUUUAAGAUGAAAACUCUGACCAAACUUUGCUCUCAGAUGGACAGAGCAUGAACUGAUGAAGCCUUUUGAAGUAUUUCUGUGAACUUGCCUUUUCUCCACAUUAUUGCAUUAAAUGAGGGUUUUGUUCUUUUUGUUGUAGUUUUAAAGCAGACACUUCCUAAUCACUACAACUAAUCCCAUGUAAGUUUUUGUUUCCAGUUUCCAGUGUUUGGGUUGUUUUGAAGCUCUGGAGCUUUGCUUUCUGUCCCCAGUGAAGCUGCAGGGCAGUCCAUCUGUCCUUGAGCUGUCCCGUUACCUGACUGUGUGAUCCUUACUGCUUGGUUGAUUGUUUGGUUUCUGUACAAAUAAAAUGUUUGAGAAACCUUCAAA